AUGAGUAUCUUCGACUACCCGUUGGAGAGCAUAGAAGAGAAACUUUCAUCGUACAAUGAGCAGGCCACACAGCAUGAAAGGCCCGAAGUCCGGGUUACCGCCAUUUUCCAUGACAGCAUAUCGGUGAGCGGGGAUGGCGUCACGCUGGAGGGAUUCAAUGGGUUGCUUGCUCGAGAGUCGAUUCAAUGUCGAUGGGCAAAUGUUCACGCCAUGUAUCACUACGGGGAAGAGAUGGACAACGUGAGGCGCGUCAUUGUGCAUGAUGUCGAGACCAGGGGGAUCACAUUACCCAGUUGGAACGACCUGCACGUGCCCUUGCGAUGGGCAUCAGAGCCACAAUUGCAUUCUGUCUCCCUAGUCGAAGCAAUCCUUCAGAAAAUCUUUCUAGAUGCGGUGGACUGGCGUGAGACAGAAGCUCACUUAGAAAGCUACUUCACUCGGUCCCUGAACCGAGACUCCGAAGCCAGAUAUCGUGUCCUGGGCAUUGGACCAGGCUCCAAGUCCCUUAUUCAUGUUUCCAACAAUUUACUGGCUCACCCCCGUCUGGAGGUUAGGCAAAGCUGGGUUUCAUCUCUUACCGAACCCUCCAUGGAUGAUAUCGCUGUUGUUGGGACGUCCGUCAACUAUCCUGGCGCAAAGGGACUCGAAGAGUUCUGGGAGUUGUUGGAGAGCGGCAGAAGCACGAUGGGCCAGAUACCGUCAGAUCGGUUUGACUUGUCCAGUCGUCAAGGAGUCCCAUCUUUCGGCAAUUUCAUAAAAAAUCCCUUCGAAUUUGACGCUCCGCACUUCAAUAUCUCACCCCGAGAAGCGAAAUCCAUGGACCCCCAACAGCGACUGCUGUUGCAUGCGGCGGUGGAGGCGCUCGACGACGCAGGCUACGCCCCGGGGUCCAGCCCUAGCUAUCAGAAAGAGACAUUCGGUGUCUACGUGGGAGUCGCGACGGGAGACUACGUCGACAACCUUCGGACCCAGCUCGAUAUUUACUAUAGUCCCGGAACCUUGAGAGCGUUCUUAAGUGGUCGUAUAUCGUAUGCAUUCAAGAUGAAUGGCCCCUCGAUUGUGAUCGACACAGCGUGCUCUUCGUCGCUAGUGGCUCUACACCAUGCGUGCAUGGCACUGCAACGUGGUGAGUGCAGGGCAGCGCUGGCUGGGGGCGUCAACAUCAUUAGCAGUCCAGAUAUGUACUGUGGACUUGCUAGAGCCCAUUUUCUCAGCCUCAGUGGGCAGUGUAAACCAUUCGAUGAAGCGGCAGAUGGAUAUUGUCGAGCCGAGGGAUGUGGAAUGGUCGUCUUGAAAAAGCUUGCUGAUGCAAUGGAGGAGGACGACCACAUCUACGGCGUCAUUCGCGGCAUUGGCAUCAACCAGUGUGGCACGGCGAAGUCCAUCACCCAUCCUGAUGCAGCGACCCAAGCAGCCCUCUUUCGAGACGUGCUUCGGUCCAGCCGACUCACCCCCGCAGACAUUGACCUUGUAGAGGCGCACGGCACCGGGACACAAGCUGGUGACUAUGCAGAAGCUUCCAGUUUGCGCGCUGUGUUUGGGUCAAGGCCAUCCACCAGCCCCCGCUAUCUCUGUUCAUUGAAAGGUAAUAUCGGGCAUGCGGAAGCCGCCUCUGGUGUUGCCGGACUCGCGAAGCUGUUAUUGAUGCUGGAAAAGCACAAGGUUCCUCCUCAGGCCUCCUUCAACAAAAUCAAUCCCCGCUUGCAGCCGCUCUUAGAAGAUGCGUGGAUUAUCCCUACCAAGUUGACAGACUGGACCAAGCGCUCAGGGCCUCGCCGUGCAUUACUCAAUAACUUCGGUGCCGCGGGAUCCAACUGCGCGCUCAUCGUGGAAGAGUUCAUGCAACCAACAACCUUCACCCAGCAGACGAGGUCCCACCAUGUGUGUAAUCUCAGUGCACGAACCGCGGAGGCCCUUGAGGCGAUUCAAUCUAGCUACCUCGAAUGUCUCCUCAAACAGCCCGAUCUGCGGCUAGAGGACUUCUGCUACACUGUCAACGCCAGACGUCAACAACAGUCCGCGUAUAGAGCAUCAAUCAUUGUCCAAAACCGCCAAGAGUUGGCUCGGGAGUUGGAACAACCUCUGGUAGCCAUGAGCGACCUCGGAAAGCACAGAGAGCCUGGUAAAACUGUUUUUGUAUAUUCAGGGCAGGGAGCAGUCUAUGCCGGAAUGGGUCUUGAGCUUCUUGCCACAGUGCCCACCUUCCGCGAUGCAACAAGCCGGUGUGAUGCUAUCUUGACCGAGAGUGGGUUCUUCCCCGUUACCCCUUUUCUCAUGGGCACACAGCCAGCUUCCGGCGAAGAGGCGGUCAUUAUCUCUCAGUGCGCAUGCUUUGUCUAUGAAUAUGCUCUAGCCAGGAUGUUUCAGGCCUGGUGUGUGAAACCAGAUCUGGUGGUAGGUCACAGUAUCGGAGAGUAUGCUGCCUCUGUUGAGGCUGGACAGUUAGGUCUCAGUACGGCUCUGAGCCUCUUAGCUCAUCGUGCCCGACUUAUGGCCCGCAAGUGUGCUCUGGGUUCAACAGGCAUGGUGGCAUGUCGAUUACCACCUGCCACUCUCGAACAGCUGGUUUUGAACCGCCCAACGGAUCUUGAGGGUCUCACUAUCUGCUGCUACAAUUCGCCCGAUGAUAGCGUGGUGGCUGGGCCCAUAGGCAGUCUAUCUAGGUUAACCACAUACUGUCGGGAACAAGGGAUUCGACACAAGAUGCUCGAGGUCCCCCUCGGCUUUCACUCGUCUGCAGUGGAGCAGAUCCUAGACGACUUUUCACUGCUAGUCUCGGAGGUGGUCACCAGGCCGCCCUCUAUCCAGAUGGGAUCUAGUCUGUACGGACGAGUGCUUCAGCCCGGGGAGAGGCUGAAGCCGGGAUACUUUGUGGAUCAUGCUCGACACCCUGUCCGGUUCAGUGCUCUGAUUAGUGACAUCCAAAAGUGGGCGGGCAACGAGCGCCUCACUGUGGUUGAAAUUGGCCCUUCGCCCUCCACGGAACCCAUGUUCAAGGUUGUCCUCGCCCCAAGGAAUGGGUCAUACACAUUUGUGGCGAGCCAGCACCCACGACACCCUUCCUGGGCCACGCUUACCGGUGCUCUGCGAACGCUGUUCCUCCACGACUACCCUGUAAACUGGCGUGCCGUCUACGAUGGAAGUUCAGCGAGGUUUGUCAGGUCCCUUCCACACACACCCCUCAGGUCCAAGCAGUAUCUGCUCCCCUUCAUCGAACGGCCAUCUCUGAGCGUGGCGUCUGCCGGUCAGGAAGCCGAGGGGUCAUCUCGACCCUGCUAUGCCUUUAUAUCACCGAGCCGUGGAAAAGAGAUUGCGGGCUUCUCGGAGCAGGUCUUUGAAACAUAUGCAAAGCAGAUUGAACCAUUUGCUGCAGCGCAUUCAGUGGGAGGCGUGCCCCUAUGCCCGGCCUCCGUCUACAUGGAAGUUGUACUCCAAGCGCUGGCAUCAACUCGAGAUUCUUGUUCCGACACAACAGCAUAUCUGCUCAAAGACAUGAAGUUCGACAAGCCACUUGUGUGUGCCUCCAGUGGCAACGAGGCGAAUCCAGUCGUCAUUUGCACUGAGCUGGAGGCAGCCCGUCCGCCGCAACAGCUCCAGCUCUUCUCUUGCAGAUCGCCGACGAAGACUGUUUUUUGUACGGGAAGUAUCAGAUCUCUAGGAUCCCAGCAGGCACAAGAGACCGAAGACAUCUUGGUCCAAAAAUUGGCGAGAGUGGAGCGAAUGCGUCGAGCUAUCAGUGGCGCAUCCACGAGCCCCACCGAGUCAUUCUCCUCAAGGACUUUCUAUGAGCUCAUAUUUCCUCGCGUGGUUCGCUACACGGCUCCCUUCCUCACUAUCCAGGAUUUUAACAUCUCACACGCAGAUCGAGACGGCUACGGGACAUUCCGUCUACCUGCCGUAUCGUCCGCGCCGACAGCGCUCUUCAUCUCUCCUCCUGAGCUUGUAGAUACCCUUCUCCACGCGGCUGGAUUUGUGGCCAACGCCGCUGUCGACUCGGACGUUGCCUGUAUUUGUGUUUCUGCUCAGGAGGGGAUGAUCUGCCACAAUUCAAUCCAUUUGCGGGGUCAACCUCUGCAAGUUUACUGUACUGUUGUGGAUGUGGGCUACGCGUUUCUGGCUGACUCAUAUGCACUUGACGAGACAAAUCGCGUCAUUGCGUAUGUGGAAGGAAUACGCUUCCAAAAGAUCAAGCUGUCAUCGUUCCAGGCCCUCUUGUCCCGUGGCCUCGCUCGUUCGGGGACGACGCGGGCAUCGCUACCUCGAGAUCUGAAGACACGCAGUGGGCUGGAGACAGACUCACUAGCCCCGGCAUCCUCAGCUGCGUCGACUGUGGUUUGCAACAUUCUCGCCCAAUUAUGCGAGACUGCGCCAGACAUUCCUCACAGCCGGACGCUUGCGGAAAUGGGAAUCGACAGCUUGUUGAUGAUGGAACUAGCAGUAGUGCUCCAGCAACGAUUCCGAAGCAUGAAAGGCGUGGAGGGCUUGAACUUGGAGCAGUGCCGCACAGUGUCAGACGUGGUAGCUCAGGUGAGUAUGUUAACGGAUGCAGAGGAAACAGUCAUAGGAACUCCUUCGUCUGGGGGCGCACAGACACCAGCUCAGACCCCCAUUCAGCCCUCUGCCUCUCUCCGGGACUUGUUUGUCGAGGUUUGUGGCCUUGAGCCACGGGACGGUGAGAAAGAACAGCCCCUCUCCCUGUUGGGCGUCGAUUCUCUCCUGUCCAUUGAGUUGGCUCACGAGAUCCGGACCCGACUGGGAUUGACUCUCCCUGACGAUUUCCACGACGGUUUUUCCGGCCUCACUUCCCGUCGGCUAGGGGAGCUCUGCGCCGUGAGCCCAAGCCACCGGCCGCCUCCACGUGGAAAGGACAUACCACACAUACACCGAGAAGAUCCCCGCCUCGGCAAACUCUUACAUGACGGCGUAUUAUCUCACGAAAUGCCAUCAUCUGGCAGCGAGAUCUAUCUGUUCCACGACGGAAGUGGAAUGUGUGGGAUGUAUGGGCGGCUCUCCGGGCUUACACGCCACAAGGUGUACGGCAUCGCAAGCCCCAGCUGGCCGUUUGCCGACUGCGAGCGGCCCAUGACAUUGCAGGCUCUGGCGUCCCUGUACAUCGAGCACACCGGCCUGGCCACGACCAGCUCUGAUGUCAUUUUGGGCGGUUGGUCAUUUGGCGGUGUCCUCGCCUUCGAGGCGGCACGUCAACUUUGUCGGCGCAAGAGACCGGUGAAGGGGGUCGUGAUGAUCGACUCUCCAGCCCCUGUGGCCCAUCAAGCUCUUCCUGCCCCCGUGAUCGACUAUGUCCUUUGUCCAGGGGGGGGACGAGCACUGCUUCAGUCCGAGCAGGCUCGUCAGACUCAGCAGGAAAUCCAGGCCAACUUCCGCGCACAUGCCGAUCUCUUGGAGAAUUAUCACCCGGCGGGGCCCGUCGCCGACGAAGACGGGGCGCUACGACCGCUAGCAUGCGUCCUGAUCAGCUGCCGCGAGCCCCUCGACACGGACCGACUGUGUGGUGUCUCUUACCCUUGGCUGAGUGACCCUUGCUUCCGUCGAGACAGCCAGCAACAGUGGGAAAGCCUAACGGGCACCCCCUUAACAGUCCUGGAGAUUCCUUGUGAUCACUUUAGCCCGUUCCGUCCUGACUGUCUUAACCUCAAGGCAUCGGUAGAAGGAUGA